AUGCCUCUCUCCAAGCUACAGGGAGUGAAGCUCCCCGCGUCGGCCGACUUCCACGUACACCUUCGCGAUGGUGAUAUGAUGGAGCUUGUUACGCCUACGAUCAGACAAGGUGGUGUGAACACGGUUUUCGUCAUGCCCAACCUGGUGCCGCCAGUGACAACUGUCGACCGCGCGCUCGACUACAAGAAGCGCCUGCAAGCCAUUGAACCCAAUGUGAACUUCCUCAUGUCGUUGUACCUCCACGAGUCCGUGACCCCGGAGACCAUCAUCGAAGCCAAGAAGCGCGGCGUCACCGGUGUCAAGAGCUACCCAGCAGGCGUUACCACCAACUCGUCCUCUGGCGUGGUGGAUUACACCCAAUUUUACCCGGUCUUUGCAGAGAUGGAGCGUCAGGACAUGGUUCUGAAUCUUCACGGAGAGGUCCCUUCCACUGGCGAUGUAACUGUCUUGUCGGCGGAGGAGCGCUUCCUUCCCACCUUGUUGCAAUUGCACGAGCGUUUCCCGAAGCUUCGCAUUAUUCUGGAGCACUGCACUACAGCGGCUGCUGUGGAAGCCGUUAAGAAGUGCGGCCCUACUGUGGCAGCAACGGAUAAAAGCAUUACCGCCCAUCAUCUUUCUAUCAUCAUCGACAACUGGGCUGGAGACCCGUUCUGUUUCUGCAAGCCUGUCGCUAAAACGCCUGCGGAUCGUGACGCUCUCCUGCGGACAGCAGCAUCUGGCAACCCCAAAUUCUUCUUCGGCUCCGAUAGUGCCCCUCACCCCGCAGCCUCCAAGAGGGGCGGAGACAAAAUCGCGGCGGGAGUCUUCACUCAGCCAUACACAACCCAGGUCGUGCUGGACUCCUUCGAGCAGGCCUGCGAAAACGGUAUCCUCAAGGAGGAAGACAUCACCCCUGAGGUGGUUGAAGGCUUCAUGAGCAAGUUCGGUCGCCAAUUUUAUGGCAUUGGUGAGGAACAGAAGGAGUUUAUUACCCUCGAGAAGAAAGACGAAAAGAUCGUAAACCUCUUGCAGUCGGACAAAGUGGACGUGGUCCCAUUCAGACGGGACCAGCAGACAUGGAGCGUGUCCUGGUCUUCAUAA